AUGCCACAGGAGGCAAAUAUGAUUGAUAAAGAAGUGCAUGUCUCGAGGAAAUUAGAAGACGAACCAGAUGAGAUUGAUAGCGAACCCGAGUAUGAGACUAGAGAAGAAGACGAGGAUGACGACUUUGGCAACUUUGAAGAGACACAGCAACAGAGAAGGUCGCUCCUUGAAUUUGACGGUGACUAUGAGAAACAUGCAGAAACGAUUGGGCUUCUUGCACAACAAAUGAUGAAGCAUAUGACGCUAUUAGAGGAUAGAACUGAACCGCAAAACAGCGAAAUCAAAUUAAACGAUAGAUGCACGAGCUUAUAUCAGAGACUCGUAGAACAAUCACCCAAUUCUCAGCUUAUCAACUGGAAACAAUCGUUCAUUAAGCGACAGUUACUUCUCAACCUUCAGAUACCGAUUAAUUUGGAUGAAUUGUCUCCCCCAAAAGGCGAUUCUGUACGUGUACCUCCUAUCUACGGUGAAAAUGUAAUUGACGAGCUAAGUCUGGAAGCUGAGACCGAGUUGCUUCGACAAGUACCGCCUUUUGACAGUUUUGGAAUGAGUGAAGGAGAAAUAAAGACCUUAUUGGAUGAUACAGACAAGGAGAUGGAAGAGGUUUACCGAAAACUACAGCCUGUCUCCUACUAUAAGGUAUUGGCAGAGAAGAACCCAGAGCUUCUUGGGGCUCAACAGACAAAGUUGAUUGGCAUUAAGCAGGAAUUGCUGAGACUUCUAGCUUGCUGGGACAAGAAGUUGACCGACGAUAAGGCCGAUAAUAAAAUUUUCACUUCUUACGUGGAGAACUUGGUGGGAAAUACUCAGAAACUAAGACGUUCUUCUAAAUAG